AUGGCUCGCAAGUUCUUCGUCGGCGGCAACUUCAAGAUGAACGGAUCUGUUUCCGCCAUCAAGGAGAUUGUCCAGAACCUGAAUAACGCUACCCUCGACUCCAACACCGAGGUCGUCGUCUCCCCUCCUGCCAUCUACCUCCAGCUCGUCCGCGACCAGCUCCGCAAGGACGUCGAGGUGGCCGCCCAGAACGUCUUCGACAAGCCCAACGGUGCCUUCACCGGCGAGAUCAGCGUCUCCCAGCUCAAGGACAGCAACAUCAACUGGGCCAUCCUCGGCCACUCUGAGCGCCGCACCAUCCUCCGCGAGUCCGACGAGGUCGUUGCCUCCAAGACCAAGUACGCCACUGAGAACGGCGUCGGCGCCAUCUGGUGCUGCGGUGAGAGCCUCGAGGAGCGCGAGGCCGGCACCACCGUCGAGGUCGUCAGCAAGCAGCUUGCUGCCCUCAAGGCCGCCAUCUCCGACUGGUCCAAGGUCGUCAUUGCCUACGAGCCCAUCUGGGCCAUCGGCACUGGCAAGGUCGCCACCAACGACCAGGCCCAGGAGGUUCACGCCGCCAUCCGCGCCUGGCUCAAGAAGGAGGUCAGCGACAAGGUUGCCGACGAGACCCGCAUCCUCUACGGCGGCAGUGUCAACGAGAAGAACUGCAAGGACCUCGCCAAGGAGAAGGAUAUUGACGGUUUCUUGGUCGGCGGUGCCUCCCUGAAGCCUGGCUUCGUCGACAUUGUCAACGCCAAGCAGUAA